AUGCAGGAGGAACCUGGACCUGCAGAGCGACUGAUUGGCGAAGACGCCAAGAUUGCCAUCUACUUUGGCGCAAUGGAUGGAGGUGAAAUUGGCCCUACGGUUGAGUUCGUCCACGCCGAGGCAGUUCAUCUCACGUGCCCUGAAUUCCUCAAGAGAGUCACUAAAUGGGGCAUCAUAUCGCUUCCAUUCGCUCCCGCGGACACCAUCAACGCCAUGUUCACUCUCCGCCAGGACGUCGAAGAGGCUUAUGAUCUUGCAAUCCAUGUCUAUUCUCAGGCUGUCUACAGCGACAUUACCAAGAUGAAAGAUCAGGCCACCGAGUAUAUGACGAGCCUCUUUCCGUACAUGGAGCCCACCCUCAUGCUGGCCUACACCUACAGUGUCCUUGAACCCCUGUAUCCCGAGCUCAACUUUAAGUGGGUUGAAGUCCAAGCGAGACUUGUGAGCAACUAUGAACCCAACGACAGACUCAUGGAGGUCGUUGAGGCUGAGCGUCAGGCGGAUGUGCAACGCUUCAAGGAGUCUCUCGCCCGCCGGGAGAAUGCCUGGGUCAAGAUCAACGGGGAUGGCCAGGAGGAGGAGUCUAGCGAGGAGUCCGGUGAGGAAACCGAGGUCGAGGAAGCAACCGAAGUCGAAAGUGAUGAAGCAGCCGAAGGUGAAUCUGAGGUUGAAGAAACCGAGGGCGAAGCCACCGAGGCUGAAGACACCGAAGCUCAAGAGACUGGGGCUGAGACCGAGGCUGGGACAGACGAUGAGUCCUAUGACAGCAAUGGAAAGCUCAGAAUCAUCGGAGACGAUGGCCUCAUCAACCUCGACCUGGCCAACUACCCACCCGGUGUUUACCGCUGGACUGACUGGCAUAGUGGGGACGGAGUUAGUCUUUAUGUGGACUCAAAGAAGGCGAGGCAGCGCAAGGUUCCAAUCUUCAACUGCUGGGAUCUGUUUCGCGACAACGGGUACAGAUUUGCAGUCAUGCACCAGCGCUACCGCGUGGAGGUUGAAGGCCUUAUCUUCCCUCUUCUUUUACAUUUACAGAAGACCACAGAGAUCCUGUAUCAUUUCAAGAAGAUGUACCAGCCACAACACGUUGGUCCGCUGUGA